UGUCAAACGCGCCGCACGCAACCUGGUCGAUCUCCCACGACCAUCACAUUUACUAUUCGGCUCCUCUGAUAUACUCUUCGUCUUGUGUCUCCUCAUCGUAGACCUCUUCGUCAUUUCCGGAACAGCGUCAGUCGCUUCCUUAGCUCGUCAACAGACUGAGAUCUUCUACUUCCGGAUAGAAAGUUUUGUUUCUCCACGUUCACGUUGGUUUACCUCAAGUUAAUUUCCUCUUCGAGCUCAACGUCCAAGUCUCUGUAUUUUUAAUUUCUCGUUUUCGACGAGGAUCUAUCGAUCUCGAAAUCAUCCCAGUCGUAUGUCGGACGAAUCUUAGUUCUGUGCGUUUUCCAUGGGAAAGCCGGUACGCCGGUAGAUCCCUCUCUCUUUCUCGGUCGGACGUGUCCUUGGGAUCGCUCGCUUGCUUCUCGCGAAUGUCGUCGAGCGACUCGUUGUCCUCCUCGCUCAAGGACACACUUGAUCCUGCGUUGAGAAAUACCUAUCGCCGGCGUUUCGCGGCUCAUCAUCGAGAACAGGAGGAUGGCAGCCGGAGUCGCGAUACGACUUAAGGUCCCCUGAGACCGCAGCUCAGAUCGGGCCCUCGAAGAUUGCGGCUUAUCGAAGUCGAGGAGUGAGAAUUGGACCAAGCUGGAGGAAAGAUCGUGCAACUUCAAGAAGAAAGAUAGGGACAAGAAACCGUGGUUUCCACGGUGAACGUAACGACCCAAUUAAUCUCUAUUUUAUAUGGAAGAAACACCCGAGAUGGAAUCGCCUUCGGCCCGUCAGGACUGUCUCGUUGAGGCCCAAGAGGAUUCCACCUCAGUGGAGCCUGAAGCGAAAAGCGUAUUAUUAUCUCCAAGCAAGACGAUGGCGACGAUGACAAUAGCAACGACGCCAGCAACAGAAAUUGAGGACAACGCACGAGAUUCUGUUGAAAAUUCGAUCUGUGAGAAACUGGACAGAGGAUUGGAAAACCAAGAAUCCCAAGAGAGACAAUUGAGUGAUUAUCCUUGCCUCCGGAAAUCGGAGGAAGAGAAAGAAAAUGAACUUAAAGUUGGAAAGUUGGAAAAGGAGACUAGCGAAAGCGGGAAAAAUUUUGAAGUUGAUAUUGAUGUAGAAUCGACGAAAGAUUCUCUUCAAGAACCUGAAGAAUCUUCGAAGGGGCCUGAUUCUCAGAAUUGGAACAAAGAUGAAGAGGACAGAAUCGAAAAGAAGAGAUCGUCCGGGGGCGAUUUUCUGCCGAUCGGCGCAGAGAUCAGAAGGGUUGGCGUCGAGAUCUCGGAAGAGGAGGUGACCCAAAUGAGAAACGACGUCAGAAGAUUGUCACCAGUGUUAGUGAGUUUACGAGAGCGAACCUUGGGCGAGGUUUUCCUGUCGUCGCAGUCCUGCCUUUUCGGGGACGAGGUUGAUGACAAGACAGCGUCGCGGAAUAAUGCCAACUCGCAAGAAUCAUUUGGAAAGAACGAUUCCGGAAUUCAGGAUAUCGAUCAAAGUGAAAAGCGGGAUGUUGACGAGGAAGAAACGGUCAUUAAGAUCAACGCAAGUCUCUCAGAUUGCACAAACAGCAAGUUAAAUCAUGAGGAGGAGACGCUCGACGUUGACAUAACUUCUUUGGUUCCCUCUAGGCUAGAGAAUUCAGACAGAACGAGUCAGGAUGACAUCAAGGACACGAAUGUAAUUGCGACUAUCGAGACCACAUCCUGCACGCCGACCAAGAAGGAAGCGCUAUCAAGUCCCUGUCGACAUUUAUCGGUAGUGCUGAACCGCAUCAAGGAGGGAGACACAAAAAACGAUACACUGACAGAUGAAAAUAUCAAUGAGAAUACUUGGAACAUCGAGGGAAGUUCUCCGUGUCCCAAAAGAAGAAGAGAUUCCGUUGAAGAAGAGUGCGAUUCGUCUUCAGAGAUUUCGAAAACCAAGGAGAGAAGUUCGAAAAAACCACGGUUGCAAAUUAACUCCUCUCCGAUGACGAGAUCAAAGAAGUGCGAAUUGACAGAUAGUCAAAGUCCAGAUCGCAAUCUGAUACUAAAAAAGUGCAAAGUUGUGCUGGAGCGAAUCAGAAGUGAAUUCGAACAAUCUCAAGAGGAAGAAUCCCACGUCGAGGAACUCGAAGCGAAAAGGCCCGAGAGAGAGGAACUCGCGCCCGUGGCAGUGAUAGGCAAGCUGGAGGAGGAUGAGGAAGUGGUACUGACGAGCUCAUCGCCUUCGGGUGAGAAUAAUCGCGCUUUUAACGAAUUGGAUUCCUUGGAGACGACGCCGAGCUCGCCGGAAGAAGGAGAGACGCCGGAAGAAACAUCGGUCGACGUCGGCGCCGAGGGUGUCGACACCGAGACGGAAACCGAGACCGGCUCCGACAGCUCGGAGAUAUCGCCCAUGACAAACAUCCGGGAACUACGCGACGUCGACAUGGCGUCCGACCAUCAGCUGCCCUGUUCCGAAGAAGGACCGCUGUGCUGCGUGGAAACGAUGGCGCCGAUCAUGACGAGACUGGAGGCCGAACGACCGGAAGCAUACACGGAGGACUCUGCCGAGAGCCUGACAUUGGCUACCGGUGCCAGAGACGAAGUUAGAUCCGAUGGGAGUGAUUCCGGUUUAGGGAAUGAGAUUUCCGGUGAUCCUGGACCGGCACCCGCACCGGAAAGCGACUCGGAGACCUCUUUUCUUGACAGACUGCCGGACGACAUCCUCUCUGACAAGGAGAAAGGCGUGAACCAACUAGAUGGCUUCGCGCCGUCUUCGAGCACGUCUGAGACCCCGGGCCAGGCACCCCUAACAAGCUUCCGGACACUUCCGCCCAAGAGCAAUUUGAAGCGCAGGUUGACCGACUGCAUGGAGGGCGAUGAGUCGCGAAGCAACCCCGAUGAGCCCGUGAAAAAGAAGCGCAACAUUCAGUUCGAUGCAGUGACAGUCUAUUACUUCCCCAGGACGCAGGGCUUCACCUGCGUACCUUCCCAAGGCGGCAGCACCCUGGGCAUGAGCGCCACGCACACACACGCCGAGAGAUUUUCGUUGUCGGAACACGCGGCUGAGCAGAGGCGAAUCCAUCGCGCGCAUCUCGCGCAGCUGCGCUCGGAGCGCAACUGCGCGACCAGCUGCGUGACCGAGACGGCAUCGAGCUCGGAGGAUCCGAGCGACGAUACGGACGAGGAACCCAGCGACACCGAGGAGCUCGACAUCGACAGUUACUACUUCUUGCAACCGGUGCCGACGUGGCAGCGCCGGGUGAUGCUGAGGAAUGCCGGAGUCCGGAGGAUAGAUGCCGUCGAGAAGGACGAGUGUCGCGAUAUACGGGCUAGCAGAGAGCACUGCGGAUGCGGCUGCAAAGGAUAUUGCGAUCCUGAAAGCUGUCCUUGCAGCAGAGCCAAUGUCAAGUGUCAAGUGGACCGGCCAGGUUUCCCUUGCGGCUGCACGCGAGACGGUUGCGCAAACAGCUCAGGCAGAAUCGAAUUUAAUCCGGUACGUGUGCGAACGCACUUUAUUCACACGCUGAUGCGACUCGAGCUGGAGAAGAAGCAACGCGAGGAGGAAGGCGGCGGCGAGCACACGGAUCAGGUCGCGGACAAUCAGAGGCAGAGCGGCAGGGGUAACGGCGGUUCUCUGAGAGACAUCGAUUCCCUAGGGAUGGAGAUUGCCGGCAGGAGCGGCGACGCGUGCGCGAUCCCGGGUUCCGGGGGCGGGGGCGGAUUCACGACCUUGCACUACGAGACGGGCCACGAGGGUGGCGUGGUGACGGCAGGCUGCCAGCCGGAAGUGCCUGGCACCAGGGAGGACAGUUUAGACCUGUACGCGAUUAGAGACGAUUGUUACGCGAGCGAGGACACGGUGGACGGUAGCCAAUCGGUCGCGGCACAGCGGAAGCUGCAUCCCGAAUUCGGGGGCCAGGCCUUCCAGAGCUUCUCGGCAGGCGCGCAAAACGGAGGCGCGGGCGGCGCCGGCGGUGGCAUGAGCUUCCAGCAAUCCUCGUACCAGGAUUACGUGAAUUCGCCGUACGCGAAUCUGCCGUCCACGUCGCGGGUCUCGCAAUUCCAGCCGCCCCCACCGCCGCAAUUCCAAUCGUCGCCUAAUCCGACCGCGUUCGCGCACUACGGCCCUUACGGAGGCACCCAGGAUGCCGCGAACGCCGCCCUCCAGAGUAAUUGUAGCGCGCAGCUCCAUCAAGUGCCGGCACCACCGCCACCAGGUCAGCAACAGCAGCAGCAGCAGCAGCAGCAGCAGCAACAACACUCAUCCUACGACACGACGGUAUUCGCGCAGGACGAGGCUACGAGUACAGCGCAGUACACGAAUCUCACUAAUUCGGUACAGCCGAUGAACGCGACGACGGUGGUGCAGCAGAUGCAGGGCAAGCUCGAGCCGUUCUCGGAGCUGCUCAGCGGCAGGUACUCGUACUACGGCGAGAUGCACGAACCGCAGCAGCAUCACGGUACUUAUGGUGCUCACGGGGGCCAUGGAGGUGCGACCGGCAAGAUCGCGGAGAUGGUCGUCGAGCCCUGUCAGGUCGCCGCUGAACAACAGCCCGAGAACACGUCCGAGGAUUGCGACGAGAACUUUGGCGAGAUUAUCAAAAAGUCUAUGGUCGAGACCGUGUCCGCUUAAGAUAGAAAAACUCUCUCUCGCGCGGAACAGGUACUUUUGAAUAAUAGAAUACGCAUCGGAAGUACGUAAAGAAUUUUUUUAGCGCUCGAAGGAAUUUAUUUCUCUUCGAGUCCUUCUUCCCAGGAGGAAAUUAUCCGAAUGACGGAGUUCAAUAAGUACAGACGUAUACUCCGGUACACCCUGAUACACCUCGGGAGGGUCCAUUCCGCCCGAUUCCUCCGAAAACGAGGACUUUGAGGAUGAUUUAAACGGAGGAGAAUUUUCGGAAUUUAUUAACGGUUCGCCUCUUGCGCGACAUUAAAGAUAAUGGUGCCCUCCGAGGGAAGAGAAAGGGGCCAUAGAAUUAGACUGAUGAGAGAUUUCGGAAGGAAAAUCAUUAGAGAAUUUUGCGGCUA